CCUUCCCGACCCUCCGCCCCCGGCCCGGCGUGGGGAAGGUGGGGGCGCUGUCCGGCUCGCCUGUGGAGCUACCGCCGGGCCGGCCUGAGGGCCUUUCCUCCGGCGGCGGGCGGAGGCCGCGGCAGUCUGUGCGGCCCGCUGAGAUUAUAGUAACAACAAAUCUCAAAAAUCAGUCAAGCUCAUGACAAAGUUUAGAAGAUCAUCCUGUGAAAGAGAGUGUUUGAAGAGAAGAGCUGGACCUAGGUUUAUGAAGCAUGGAAGAAUACAAAGUGUUGAAAGUACUAGGAGAGGGAUCCUUUGGCAGAGCUCUCCUAGUUCAGCAUAAAAUCAGUGACCAGAAGUAUGCAAUGAAGGAAAUAAGACUUCCUAUGUCUUCAUCUGGUGUAGAGAACUCUAGGAAGGAAGCAGUUCUUUUGGCUAAAAUGAAACAUCCAAAUAUCGUUGCCUAUAGAGAAUCAUUUGAAGCUGAUGGACAUCUGUAUAUAGUGAUGGAAUACUGCGACGACGGAGAUCUAAUGCAAAAGAUUAAAUACCAAAGAGGAAAGUUGUUCCCUGAAGAUACGAUCCUUCACUGGUUUGUGCAGAUGUGCCUGGGCGUGAAGCAUAUUCAUGAUAAACGUGUGUUGCACAGAGAUAUCAAAUCCAAGAAUGUCUUCCUCACUCAAAACGGAAAAGUCAAAUUGGGAGAUUUUGGAUCUGCACACCUUCUUGCACAUCCAGUGUCAUAUGCCUGCACAUACGUGGGAACUCCUUAUUAUGUACCUCCAGAAAUAUGGGAAAGCAUGCCAUACAACAACAAAAGUGAUAUAUGGUCUCUGGGAUGUAUUCUGUAUGAGCUGUGCACUCUUAGACAUCCAUUUCAAGCCAAUAGCUGGAAACAUCUCAUCCUUAAGAUAUGCAAAGGGUCCUACAAUCCACUACCAUCUCACUACUCCUAUGAACUUCACUACUUAAUAAAACAGAUGUUUAAGAGAAAUCCCCGGAAUCGUCCAUCAGCCAGCACUAUUCUUGCAAGAGGUUGCUUGACCAAACUUAUAAAAAAUCGUUUCCCUUCUGAGAUGACAAAUGAGUUUGAGCAGGUAUUAAAGGAAACCAAGAAAUAUAAAAGCAACGCAGCAAGGCCAGAGGGUAAUGUCAUGCCUGGUGGAAGCUCAACUAAUAAGAAGGAAAAUAGGGAAAGUAAAGUUGAAAGCAAGCAUAGCCCCUUAGAAGGGAAAAAUAUUAUGAAGGAUUUGUGUGAAAGCACAAAGGAGCAAAGGAAAUCUGAUGAAGAGGUUACAGCAGAGACUUCUGAUGUCCUCCCAGGAACUACUGACUUGUCACAUCCCCAAAGGAGGCAAUGGGAAAAGGGGAUAUCCAAUGCUGUAGUGGAUGUCCUGGAAAAUGCGUCCUUGCUUUCUUCCAGUAUUACAUCUGAAGAGGCUAAAAGUGGCUGUGUUAUAAACUACAGUGAAAAUAAGCCACGUAAGCAGUGGAACAAGGAAACUCCUCAGACUCUGAUGAACAUUCUCAGUAAUGCUGAUGUCAGCUUAGCAUUUAAAACAUACACAAUUUAUAAACCAGCUUCUGAAAACAUAUUUAGAGGUCCACUUUCCGAUGAAACUGAAGCAUCUGAUGCAGUAGAUGGUGAACAUGAAGCUAUUGUCAUAGAUUCUGAGAGACUUGAGCCUAGAUCUGAUGAAGAUGACACGGACUUUGAGGAAGAUGACCCAGACUGGGUGUCAGAACUGAAAAUGGUAUUGAAGCACAGUGGCUGAAAACUUGAAUUUACCUACAGUAACCGAAGUUAGGCUUAACAGUAUUUAUAACCCAAAUCAUUGUUAAUAGUUGUAGUUACUAAUAAAACUAUUUCCGUA